AUGGAUUGUAUAGCCUACAGUUUCAGUGUUAUUUCAGAUAAGUUAGUACAAAGAGCAACAGAUGGACUGGGAAGCAAUAAAUAUAAAGAUGUCAACUAUUAUAAACUUCAACAUUUAUCCUCUAAAACUCGUUUCACUUCACAUAAAUUUUCUAUGAAGUUAGAGAAACUGGACAAAUUCUGUAAACAAAAUAAAGAAAAUAAUGUGCUAAAGCAACAUAAGCUAUUAUGGCAAAAAGAAUUCUUGAAGCUACACUAUGCCAGAAAAAACAUACAAACGGAAAUUGAAGAUCAUGUUCGAGAUAACCGAGUUGGAAUUUGCGGGCAGAUUUAUAAAGAUUUUGAAUAUUUUCAAGAUUCUUUAAACAAAGAGUUUGAAGAAUUUAAGAAGCAGACAGCAGAGCCUAUCUGGAAUCUCAGAGAAGAUUUGGAGUACUGGUUAACAGAGAAUAAAACUAGAUUAAGUGAAGGUUCUCCAGAUGCAUUAACUAAAUAUGAUGAAGUAAGGGAGAUGGUAGAUUGUGUGGAAAAACAACAGUAUUCUAUUCUGCAACAAUUACAACAUGAACAAAUCAAACUGGAAAAGGAACUGAACUCAGAUGAUAUGUUAGACCUAUGUCCAAUACAAUUAGAAAGAAGACCACAUAUUGUAGAAGGUAUACCUGAAGAAGGUAUUCAGUUAGAAUGUCCAGAUGAGGAGUUAAAAACAGCUGUAUUAAAUGAGUUUUUACUUCUUGAUUCUAAAUAUCAUAGACAUCUAGAAGAUCUAGAUAGGAGACAUGGUUUAUGUAAAAGUCGAGAUAUGUGUGGUGAUUGGUAUGAAGAUGAACAUUUUACAUUUCUGGCUAUCUAUGAUCAAUAUUCCCAUGAUCUAAAAAACAGACGACAAUUAUUAUUAGAUAGAUUAAAACGACAUUUACCUCAGAAAACUAGACAGCAAUUGGCAGAGCAUGAAGAUUGGUGGUUAGAUUAUAAAUAUUAUAAUGAAAGAAUGAGAAGUAUCAUGUUGGACUGGCAACGUGACAGAAAAGAACUCUUCAAUAAAGCUCUGGUAGUUUUUGAUGAAGCUAAAGUUGUUCAUGAGCUAGAAGAGAGAAAAGCUGAGUUUAGAACUCACCAGAAACUUGUCUGUGAUGCUCUGUUUGAUAAGGUAUUAAAAUGGAGGGAACAGAAAGAAGAGGUUACUAGAUUACAAAUGAAACAGGAAGAAAAAGCCAGACACUAUAUUCUAGAACAACAGAAAUUAGAACAAGAAAGAGAGAAAAAACAUCGACAAGAAACCAAACAUAAGAUCAGUAAGUUUCAACAUGAAAAGGAAGAGAAAAAGAGAAGGGAAGAGGAAGAAGAUAAGAGAAGAUUAGAAGAAUUAUAUCAUUUAUUAAAUGAACAGGCAGAAUAUGAUAAAAACAGAGUUCAAUUUCGUAAGGAACAGUUUGAUGAGAAAACAGAAGAAAAAAAGAGACAGAAACUACAAGAACUAGAAGAAGAAAGAGAGAAAGAAGAAAGAUUAGAAGCUUUAAGAUCAACAGUAAGAGUUACUGCUGAAUCUGAUCCCGAUCGGCUGCAUCAAAAUACUAAGGCAUGGCAGAAGAGACUGGAAGAUGAUAACUUAGUUGAUAUUCAAAAACCUUUAUUUGAAGUGAACUCUUUUACCUCUAAUCAGGUAACCUCUGAUCCACGAAUACGCCUAGAACAGAAAUUACGAGAGGCUGGGGUAGUUAAUUCAGUUUAUGCAAGACAGGCCAUGGCCCAAAUGAAACCACUACAUCCACCGAGGAGAGAUAUGUUAUCUACAGCAUUUAAAGAUUGA